UGGAUUUCUAAAUCAAACAACAGUCAAUCAGUUCGCUUACCUAUUUCGACAUUUCUAGGCUCACAAUUUUCAAUAAGCUAAAUUUACUGUUCGAAAUCAUCGGUAAAAGCUGGAUCGCCCUGCUAAGAUGAGUAUCUGGCCCAUUCGUACAUCCCCAAAUUCCAGGUCGCGUAGUUGCCUCGUGGAGCUCGGUCGUUCCAGUCGCCACACGGAUUGCACCUUCAUCAUUGAGGAGGAGGGCGGUAGCAAUCAAUCCUUUGCCUGCCACAAAUUGCUCUUCAGCAGCGCCUCCGAUGUGUUCGAUCGCAUGCUUUAUGGCGACUAUAGUGAGUCCACCAGCGGUGUUGUAAGGCUAAACGAUGUGCAGCCGGAUAUUUUCGAGAAAUUCCGGGACUACAUCUACGGCUAUGAGUACGACAAGCUGCAGAAGUACGAAUUCGAUACUCUGAUUCGCCUGUGCGAGUUUGGUAACAAAUAUCUGGUGCAACCCCUCGAAGAGGACUGUGUGAAGGAGUUGCUGACGCGCAAAAACACCUUUGACAUGGGCGAGUUACUUCGCCUGUUCCAGUGUGCUCAUCGCAUGAAUCGCAAGUCCUUGAUAGAACAGAUGGCCUGGGAGAUCAAGUGCACCUUUAAGAACACCAUGGACCACUCGGGCGUAUACGAGUUUAGCUGCGACGUCUUCAAACACUACAUAGAAGUGAUUGCUAGCAAAAUAUCGGAGGCAGAUCGUUUUCGCCUGCUGGAAAUGUACCUAAAAUACAAUAAUAUCGAGGAUGUGGAAAACAUGACACAGGUGGGUACUAUGGAUGCCACUGAAACCCCCGCCACCACCACCACCACGGAUGAUGCGGAAACUGAAGAAUCGGAGCUUCCAAGCACCAGCAAUUCUGGCAUCGUAAUUAAGGAGGAAAAGAAGCCCAGCUAUGUAGCUGAUCUGAUUGGCCUGAUAGACUUUGGCAAGCUGUCGCCCAAGGAGUUCUACGAGGGACCCGGCAAAUGCGGUUUCCUUAGCCUGGCCGAGAAGUACGAGCACAUGUAUCAGAUCGCCAAGAACAGCGUUUCGGCCAAAGAGGAACACCAGCUGACCACGGAUCAGACACCUCCACUCUCCGAGUCCCGACGCAUCGUUACCAUGGGUGGCAGUUACACGCGCGAGCAUCUAACAGCUGCUUCGCUCACCUCGCAAUUCCUUCCCCGACCCAUUCGACGAUACCGCGCCUGGUCUGCACACUGUGACAUCUAAUCCCGACAUCUAAUCAUAUAUACGCACUUGUAUCCAAUCCCAGAUGUACUUUAUACAAAUUUGAAGCUUUGUUUUAGCUAUUAAGGCCAAAAAUUAUAUGAAUUUAUAAUGUAAUUUCUUUUAAAAA